AUGUCGCGUUUAUACUCGACUUUAUUGCUCAUCACGCUCCUGAUCCUUACAGUAUCCUUAUCUUCGGGCCGUGCUCUAGAAGACGAAGAAGAAGAAGACCUCUCAACCUACGAAAAUGUCGAAAAUUUUGAAACAGAAGAGAAACUAUUGACUAUUCAACCUUACCCCUAUAAGGCUCCACCUCCUAAAGGCCAUCAUCAUCAUCAUGGGCAAGGGCAUAAUGGUCAUUCUAAACUUAAAGCUCACAUUGCUCCACAUCACCACCACCACCACCACCUCCCGGGACACGGCCAUGGCCAUGGACACCAUAAUGCUCAUGCGCCACGCCAUCAUCAUCAUGCUCAUGCUCCAAGAGGCUAUUGA